AUGCAUCUGUGUUAUGGCAACAUUGCUUUUGCUACUCUCAAGAUAGUGGUGACCCCACCACCACUUCCUGCUCUCUGUCUCUCUAAUAAGGCUAUCUAUCUCAGUCUGUUUAUCUAUCUAUCUCAGUCUGUUUAUAUCUAUGUAUCUAUCUCAUUAUUUUUUCCCCACUUACCAUUUCCUUUGUUAUUCUUCCUCUUUUGUUCUCCUUAUAUCUUUCAUUUUUACUCUCUUCCCUCCUCUCUCCUUUUCUCAGACUCCUUUGCCCACUCUCCUUUGCUCUCUCUCUCUCUCUCUCUCUCUCUCUCUCUCCCCUUUUCUCUCACAUUUCACUUUCUCGUUUCCCACUUUCCCUUUCUCCCUCUCUCUCGUUUUCCAUUCUCCUUUUCUCCCUCUCUCUCGUUUUCCAUUCUCCUUUUCUCCCUCUCUCUCAUUUUUCCAUUCUCCUUUUCUCCCUCUCUCUCAUUUUUCCAUUCUCCUUUUCUCCCUCUCUCUCGUUUUCCAUUCUCCUUUUCUCCCUCUCUCUCAUUUUUCCAUUCUCCUUUUCCUCCCUCUGUCUCUUUUUUCACACACUCCCUUUCUCUUCCUUGUUUCCCACUCCUUUUCUCUUCCUUGUUUCCCACUCUUUAUUCCUCUCACUUGUUUCCUUCUUUCCUUUUUUUCUCUCACUCUCAUUUCCCACUUUCCCUUUCUUUUACAUUCUCACUUCUCAUUCACUGCCUCUCACUUUCAUUCUCCCGGCAAUACUUCUCUUUCACUUCCAUUCUUCCCCUCACUUUCCCUCUUGCUCUCUCUUCUUCUCUCACUUUCUUGUUUCCCACUCAUUUAUUCUCUUCCUUGUUUCCUCUUGUUCCUCUUCUCUCUUUCUCUUUCUCUCUCUCUCUUGCUCUUUCUUACUAUCUCCUUUUAUUUUAUUUUUAUUCUUCCUUUAUCUACUUUUUUUUAUUCUUUAACCAUAGAUUUUUCUCUUUCAUUCAUAUAGCUUCACUCUUCUUUUUUUCUUCUUCUUUUCCUCCCCCUCUUUAA